AUGUCCGCAAUGACGGUCACAAGCGGUGGCGUUAGCGGCAAUACUAAUAAUAAUGGUGGAGGCGGUGAACCCACAGAUGGUUUUACUUUAUUUCACAGUCGACCACCAGUUUGGCCUACAUCAAAUCAAUCCUUACUUGAUCAUCAGUGGAAUGAAUCGAUAUUUUCACCCGCUCAUCAGCAACAGCAGCAGCAUCGUUCAUGGCCGUCCGAGCCAUUCGGUAGUGAUAUCGGCGGUGAUGAAUUACCAUAUCCAAGGCAAACAUCAAGUCAUAAUAAUAGUGAUUUCAGUCCGCUACCAUCAUCACCGGCAACUUUAUUAAAUGGUAAUCAUUUCGGUCAAGCAGGACGUUUUCAAUUUCCAAAUGAUUCGACAUCCUCACCAUAUGGUCCUCAACAAUUACCAUCGAUGUCAUCGUGUUUUAGUGAUUCAUUGUAUGAUCCAUCACCAUCAUCCGUACUAUUUUCCAAUGACAUAGAUCGCCGUAAUAAUUCUCUAUUAGACUCGCGUCAACAACAACAGCAACAUCAACAACAAUCAUCAUCGUUAGAUAAUCAAAUGAUUCCAAGAGAUUCGAAAUUAACAUUAGAUCAAAUGGUUGGACAUUUCGCUGAUCUACAAUUACAACCACCAUCAAUGCCACCCCCCUCAUCAGCUUACCCAUCUUAUCAAAAUCCAUUUCUACCUCCAUCAAAUGAUCAACAACAACAACAACAACAACAACAAAUUCUAUCACCAUUUUAUUAUCAACAAUCAUCGCCAUCGAACCAACAACUACCUUCAUCAAUGAUGAAUUCACGGUUACCACCACCACCUCCAUUCGGUAAUCAUCUAUAUGUGAACUCACCAUCAUCUCCACAUACUCAAUAUUCACUGACACAACAACAACCAAAUGGACCGUUAUCAACGGCCGCAUCGAACAUGUUUAACGAUCGGUUCGAACGUAACGAUGGUUGUCUACCUUUUUCAAACAAUUCAUCAUAUUUAUCGGCAAUGCGCUUUUCACCCAAUCCAGCUUAUCGCACAACCAAAAGUGGCAAACAACAGAUCGGUCCUGAAAAUUCCAACUUAUUCAUUUGUCAUUUACCACAAGAGACAAAUGAUCAAUCAUUGAUGAAUUUAUUUUCUCAAUUUGGCAAUGUUUUGUCAGCUAAGGUGUUCGUUGAUAAAAAAACAAAUCAAUCAAAAUGUUUUGGUUUUGUUUCGUACGAUAAUCCGGCAUCAGCUCAACAAGGUAUGUCGAAUUUUCUCAAAUUCAGAGCUUCGAAUACCUAUAGUAAUCGAGAAACUAUCGACUGA